AUGUCCAUAGCGCGAUUAGUAUACUCUCUUUUCAGAAGAGUACGAUCGGUUCUCUUACUUUUCAUUACCAUAUCGCUAUUGUUUUACUAUACGUUCCAGAAUGAAAUCGAUAUCUUGAAUUCGUACGCUUUAAACGACUCACUACCGUCCAUAAACAACUAUGAGCACAAUACAGAAGGUUCUUCGAAACUGGAUCCUCCAGACCUAUCGUCAACCGGUUCUGACCGAAUAGCCACCGACAAGGAAAAUGGCAACGUUGCAGUGGAUUUGUCAGAUCCAGCUACAUUGAGAGAAAAAAACAAGUACUUUCCCUUGCUGUUAAAGGGAUCGUCUCACCAGAUUGGUUCGAAUUUACCAAUUUCGUCUCUUUUGACAUAUAAGGAAAAGUAUCCCGUCUUGUUCGAAUACUCAUCACCUUCCUUAACUUCUAUAAGCCAGAAUGACGUUCAUAAGAUACAGCCGGCAAUGCAAUUGCCACCAGAUGUUGAUAUGAUAAAACAGAUAAAGGACAUUUUCAUGAAAUCAUGGAACCAAGAGCAGUUGCUGCUGAAAAGUAACCUCAGAAGGGAAUCUACUUGGCCCAUAGAUCUAAUUGAUUCUCUAGAUACAUUGUAUCUAUGUGGCGAGACGAAACUUUUUCAAGAUUCUGUUAAUAUAAUAGAAGAUUUUGACUUUCGAGUACCUCCGUUAGCAAUGGAAGUUAUUGAUAUUCCUGACAUCACUACCCGUGUCCUAGAAGGGUUACUGUCUGCAUACGAAUUAUCUAUGGAUAAACGAUUACUUAACAAAGCAAAACAUGUUGCAGAUUUCAUAUUAAGAUCAUUUGAUACCCCUAAUAGAAUUCCUAUUUUGAAAUAUUUUUGGAAAUCUGAUCUGAGAAAUCGAUUUCCAGACCGUACUGUUCCAUCAGGUCAAUUGACUACUAUGGCACUCGCGUUUAUCAGAUUGUCACAGUUAACCCGUUUGAAUAAGUAUUUUGAUGCUGUUGAAAGAGUUUUCACCACUAUACGUCAAUCAUAUAACGAAUUUGAUAUGGAGUUUAUGCUGCCUGACGUCGUUGAUGCCUCUGGUUGCCAGUUAUUAACUCAAGAGGAAAUUGAGAAUGGUGCACACCUAAAGGGAUCCAGCAUCAUGAAAAGUAUCAAUGAAAAUUUCAAGUUCGUACACUGUCAGCAGUUAGGGAAAUUCUUAAAUCCUCCAAUAGAUGAUAAUAGCCUCCAAGAACAAUCUCAAUACCAGGCUUAUAGAAUUAAUGAAAAAACAGUACCCAUUCUAGAAAAUCUAUUCAAAAUCAAUGACCUCUUCCAAUCUUCUUAUGAUAUCCUGGACGGCUCAAGUAAAAAUGCUAAUGCUGCAACGAUGGACCCCAGUAUUGGUUCAGAGGUAGAAGCAGUCGACGAAAUAAUUGAGAAAAGAAACUUUAAAGACGGUACUAAAAAAGAUUCGACAAAAAACACCGUAGGUGAUAAAUCAUUAAUAGACUCGCAAACGUUUUUAACAAAUUCCAUCAGUAACAUUUUUAAAUUCAUGACUUUUCGACCCAUGUUGCCCAAGCAAACGGAAAACAAAAAGUUUAAUUUUCUGAAUUCCAUUCUAACAAAAUCUCAAUUCAUGCCCACGACUAAUGAGCUAGAUGUCACGAUAAGAAAAUCUUACGAUGUCUCGUUAUACUCAUGCAGACUUGGCGGCAUUCUAGGUUUAAGUUCACGUGUUCCCCACCGAGGCGGUGUCAACACGAAAUAUAUUUUACCAUCGUCACUAUUGGAAAUGAGCGAAAUAAUAACAGAAAGUUGUUUUAUGCUAAUGGAGGAGUUCGACGGGCUGCUCCCUCAAAAAUUCGAGUUGGACCCUUGCACUGAUGAGACUAAUGGGAAUUGCGAGUUUAACGGCGAAACUAAAUCACGAAUGAUUGCCAACGGCGAAUAUGAAACUUUUGAAAAUGACCUAGAUGUCGGGAUCAAAGUUUCGAAUUAUGGGAAAGGUGGGAAUGACCAGAAAGCUAAGAGAAAUGUACUAAGCAAAGAUGGGAUAACAGAGACUCAAAACAUAAAAGGUGAUACUGUUGGAAGCUCGAAAUCGAUUGCUGAAAUAGACGGCGACGAAGUAACGCAAAUACGUAGAGUUUUUACGCUUGGUAAGGAUAUCAAACCGCAUAUUACAACGGACGAUACCAUGGGUUCUCAGUGGAAAAACCAUCCAGACUGGCCAUUUUGGGUCAACAAGGUAGAAUCCAGAAGAUUGUUGGAUUCGAAUAUCAUUGAAUCUAUAUUUUAUAUGUACAGAAUCAGUGGAGAACAAAAAUGGAGAAGCAUGGGUAAGCAGUCUUUUGGAAUCUUAAUGCAAGAAUUAAUGGAACUAAACAGUGGUGCCAAAGGAUUGUGGCAAAUAAAGGAAUUUUAUGAAAACGGUGAAAAAGUGAACAAUGAUUUACCUAGCUAUUGGUUCUCCAGAACAUUAAAAUACUAUUUGCUACUAUUCAGCGAUGGUGACAAGGUUUCCCUGGACAAACACAUCUUAACUCAAGGAGGGCACAUAAUCAAAAAGAAAUGA